UGAUGGCGCCCAGGUUACCGCUAGCCUGUUCGACAUGUCAGAUACAGUCAGUCAUCUUGGCCCGGAAGCUUACCCCAAUCAACACGACUUUCUUGAAUUGCACUGCGGUCGACAUCUUGAAACGCACAGAAAGUGAUUGACCGGACCAUUUUUUGCAGCUCGUGAAACCGAUGUCAAUUUAUCUUCACGCCCAUCGAUGGAUACGGAGACUGUUGCUGACAAAACAGCAUUCGACCUUUCAUCUUGUCGUGAAAUCUGCUCACAAAUCUCGCUAUGUUGAGUGCUAUGGCGCUCUCGUUGCAGUGGAGUAAAUCUGGGAUCUCAACGAGCCAUCGGCCAAUUCAAGGCCCACCUAGAUCGUGGCAUCAGGUUUGGGCCUUCCAGAAUGCUAGGCAAGCAUGGCUGGCAAGUGCGGAGCAAUCGUCCGCGUGUCCGCACCUCCACCAGUCUGUCCGCUCUGCUGCGGCUUUCCGCUCCGCACUUUGCUUUACGGCCGGCUAUCGUUUGUGCUGAGGGGUUGAGAAGGAAAUACCCUAUGGUACAAGAGCCGGUACCUGGCACUGACGGGGAUAACCCCACGGAUGAGUGUCGCUGACUCCAGUUGCAUGUCAGCUUUUCCGAAGCGACCAAGGUAUUAUAAGUGUGGGGAAAUGCAUCAGCAGUGUUGGUUUCAGCACAAUCAGACUUGGAGUCAGCUUAGUCUUGCUCGUGACCUGUCAGAGAUUAUUCCUUUAGGUGUGCAUCUGUCUGAGGUUCUAUGUUUUCUGGAUCCCCCUAUAACGGAGCAGCAACGCUGUUUUGAAGAACGCUCUUAUUACCGAAUCGAACAGUCACUUCGAAAAGCCAGGCCAUAACUCUCCGCAAGCUCGAACAGAGGAACAAGUACUGACAUCGCGGAACCCUGAGACUUUGUACCGGGUUGAUGCGAUGGUAAUGGCAUCGCUCAUCGCUAUUGGGGCUGCUGCUUUUGUCCUACUGGGUAUCCUCAUUCACAAUGUCGGCCAGCGAACUAGACUUCCAAGUUGUGCAAGGUUUCCACCUGGUCCAAAGGGUAAAGCUCUUGUCGGCAAUUUGUUGGAUAUCCCCGUUCAGCACUCUUGGAUCAAGUUCAAAAGUUGGGCAGAUCAGUACGGGCCCAUCUUCCGACUCAACAUUUUCGGGCGAAACCAUGUUGUCGUAUCGACUGAGAAGAUAGCCAAUGAUCUUCUACGAGAGCGUGGGAAUCUCUACUCGUCGCGCGAACAAUUACCCAUGGCUGUACGAUUAUUGUCACGGAAUCUGAGACCAUUGUUCAUCCCAUAUGGAGAGCUAUGGCGACGAGAACGGAAAGUGAUACAUGCUGUCACGAUGCAUGCGGCGGCCACCUCGUACCAGCCUGCGCAGUUGUGGGAAUCUGAACGACUGCUAUACGACUUGCUGAGGAUGCCUGAAAAGUACGAGCUCCUUUUUGAGCGAUAUGCCGGAGCUCUCGUCAUACGCUUGGGCUACGGCAAGGAAAUGGAGACAGGAGAGGAGCCCUACGCGCGAGACAUCCUGAAGGUCGUGCAUACCGUUGAGCGCGUUGCUUCACCUGGAGCUUACCUUGUCGACACGUUCCCAAUAUUGAUGCUUCUGCCCAAGUGGUUGGCACCGUUCAAGCAAGAAGCAGAACGAUUGCACGACUUCGAGAUCAAGCUGUUCAGAAGCUUGCUUUUCGAAGUCCGUGACAGGAUGAGAGAUGGAAAAGCGCCCAAAUGCUUCGCGAAGACCUUCCUGGAGCGGCAAGCAGAGUUUGGCCUUUCGGACGACGAAGGUGCAUAUGUCAUUGGGACUCUUUUCGAAGCAGGGGCUGGAACGACUUCCGCUGCAAUGAUGUCUUUCGUAUUAUCGAUGUGUCACAACCCGGAAUGGCAGCAGAAGAUACAGCAGGAGGUGGACCAAGUCGUAGGGGACGGACGAAUGCCCGAUUUCAGUGAUAUUCCUCAAUUGCCAACCGUACGGGCCGUCGCGAAGGAGACGUUGAGAUGGCGUCCAGUGACUGCUGGCGGUGUCCCUCAUCAACUCAUCAAAGACGACGUGUACGAUGGCUUCUUUUUCCCUGCUGGCACCAACGUACAUGCCAACCAAUGGGCCAUCCACCGUGACCCAGACCUGUACCCAGACCCAGAGACCUUCAAUCCCAAUCGUUGGCUAUCUCGCGAGUAUCCAACUUUCCGAGAGCCACUCGACAAGUACCCAAAUCUACAGAACUUCUCAGCAUUCGGCUUUGGGCGUCGCAUUUGUCCCGGCCAGAAUAUCGCGGAGAAUUCUCUCCACCUGCUCAUUGCGCGAAUGGCUUGGGCCACUGAGAUAUCAAAAAGGCCGGGAGUUGAGGUGCCUCUCUAUGACUACACUGCGGGCUUUAACGUGCAACCAAAACCAUUCGUCUUCGAUUUGAAGCCGCGGAAUGAGGCAAGAAAGAGCAUUGUCGAUAAGACUUGGGAAUAUGGGAAGAAUAGGGAUCCUCUAGGAUCGAGUUGAGCCGCGUCUGAUCAUGUGUUAUUCAUUCCGACGUCAAUCAUUUUGCACGACGUCUGAGGUGUUCUGGCAACGCUUUCAACUCCUCGGUCUCACGUUUCCCAUCGACAGACUGCACGGCUCACAUUGUCUUGAAUGCUCACAGCUGCCCUAGCCAUGCAAUCUUGCACAUUUACAGACGCCCAAGCAUCUGCCAUCGACAGUGGGACGUUCGUUCUUGCGGCGCCUUGACAUGCGAGCUCCCGCAACUCCUCUGCAUGAGAUCCAAAAAUCGAGCCGUCCAUACUUAUACCAUCUCACCCGCAGUCCUCCUUAAGAAAGCUACCGUCUCUUCUACACGAGUCAAGAACGGAGCAUGCCCACACCCUUCGACUAUCUCGGUCCUGAUUUCUCCGACAGCCUUCGGCCUCAGAGUAUUCAACAUCCUCUCCUGAGUCUCGGGAGGAAUAGCCUUAUCUGCACCGGUUAUCAGAUAGUGCAGAGGAAUCACCUCAUGCGCCGAGAAACGACACUUGUCGACCAGUGCGGCUGAAGCCAUGGGUUUCAACAUGGCCGUCCACUUCUUCUUCUCCUCGUCGGGCAGCUCGUGGAAGAAAAUGUCCACCGGAGGCGGAUCGAGGGUCGCAGGCAUCUCGGCUGGAUUCAGCGGCGGUCGCUGUUCCGCUUGGCGCAUGUCCGUUUCCGCCGGGAUGAUGAAGGACGUCAGUGCCGCAAUGGCCACAACGCUGGUCUUGUGCCCUGCGGCCGUGCGUAAGAUUGUGUCAAGCCCUUUGAGCGCGGACGUCGUUGGAAUGCCGCCGUAGCUGUGUGGGACGACGAUGACAUCGGAGGAAUCGAGUUCGGUGAGGAUUGUCUCUCGGAUGGUCGUUGCAUCUUCCGUACAGUCUGUCGAUGGGGAGAUGUGAGAUUGGGCAGUUGAUGGGAGAUAGGGAGCGACGGUCUUGUAUCCAUGGUCGGUAAGGGCUUCGAUCAGGCUUUGGAAGUGGGCUGGACUGUGCCAGGCGCCGUGGACGAGGACAAAUGUUGGUCUAGUUAUAGUCAUAGUCGCUUCGUUACUAGUACCUCUUGAGAUUCGCCAGAGCUAUUCCCAGCGACUUGGUCACGAAGCUGUAAGAGUUUUCGAUGGGGACGAG